AGUUUGUGUGGCGGGGCAGUCAGUCUCGGCUGAGCUCUGGCCGUGGAAGGAGGAUUGUUGUGUUCGCCUCUGAGUGACUGAUCGAGAACCGGAAGUAGUGGCCACUCCCAACCACGUCCUCAUCUGCCUGGAGCCAAAUCUGUAGCGGGCACUCCGCUGUGCCUGAGAACUUUCCGCGGAAUUGAUACCAUGUAAACAAAGAAAAUCCUGAUUCACUCAAGAAACAAAGACUACAAAGAUGUCUACAAAAGCUCCCAUCUACCUGAAAAGAGGAAGCCGUAAAGGAAAACUAAGAGAUGUGCUUUCUCCAGAUAUGAUCAGUCCCCCUCUUGGAGACUUUAGACACACUAUUCAUAUUGGCAGUGGGGAAGGAGAUGUUUUUGGGGAUGUUUCCUUCCUGCAGGGUAAAUUCCAUCUCCUGCCUCAAUCGCAUCCUGGAUCCUCCACCUCCUCUUCACCUGAUGCAACCCCACCGCUCUCCCAUUCAGAGGUGUCAUCUCCUAUCCUAAAGAACGCCAUCUCACUUCCUGCUAUAGGCGAGCCACAAGCACUUUCCCUUCUGCAGGCUCCUCCACCAAAGCCACCAAGACUUCAUCUCGAAGAGAAAAGUAGGAGCCCAAUCACAGAGAUGGCUCCUUGUGGAGGAUUUACAGCAGAGGGAAGGGAAGAAAGGUUUCUUGCUCAUGCCGGCUCUCUGCUUUCCCUACAUGUGGAUUUGGGGCCUUCCAUCUUGGAUGAUGUGCUGCAAAUAAUGAAAAAGGAGUAAAGACAGAUGGGCACCUUUUGGGCUACAUCAAAAAUUCUAAAACUAUUUUUUUAUAAGUAUUUUAGUUUUACACACUACAAAAUGUCUUAGUUUUCUAAGUGGACACAAACAAGCCAAUGCUGCCUAAUAAGUAUUUAUACAGUGUUUAUACUGUAUAUACUGAUGCUGAGCAUCUACACGCUGUAUAGUUUUGGGACCUUUACUGGAAGUAAACAGCAUUCCAUAAGGAAUAUUUACAUUAUACCUAUAGAGUGGUACACCCUAUUCUUAACUAUUCAAAGCAUAUACAGAUUUCUUUGUUACUAAGCAGGGUCAUUCUUUAGUGCCUUCUUGCCAGAAAAUGUCACUUUAUUUUUAUUUUUUAUUUCUUUUAUUCUUUUUAUGAUCAAAAGCUGUAAAUUGUUUAUUGGACCAAAUACAGAACAAUAUUUAAUGUUGGAUGUCAUUUAUUUGUGCUAAGCUAUGAAAUGUAUUUUGGGGGACUUAUUUGAAAAUGCAAAAAACGAUUUAGAUGUUUUUUUCCUCUUAUUUCCAGAGUAUUCAUUUUUGAAUCCCAAAUAAAUGAAACACAGAUGACAAGCAUUAAAACAUC